GCAGAAAUAAGUUGUUUGGAAAGAAGAAGAAUCGACUCGAAAAAUUGGAAAUUUGGUGAAGAGGAGACUAUUCAUCAGCUGAUUAGAAACGGUUGAAUUUUUUUUUUCUUGCAGUUGUUAGUUUUUGAUUAUUUAUUUUAAAUAAUGCCUAAAGUUAGACGAAGUCGACAUCCUCCACCUGAAGGAUGGGAAUUAAUCGAGCCCACAAUUGAUGAAUUGGAACAAAAAAUGAGAGAAGCGGAAACUGAACCUCAUGAUGGGAAAAGGAAAGUAGAAUCUCUUUGGCCUAUUUUUAGAAUUCACCAUCAAAAAUCUCGAUAUAUAUAUGACCUAUAUUAUAGAAGGAAAGCUAUCAGUAAAGAACUUUAUGAUUACUGCAUCAAAGAGAAAAUAGCUGAUCAGAACCUAAUUGCCAAAUGGAAGAAGCAGGGAUAUGAAAACCUAUGUUGUCUUCGCUGCAUUCAAACUAGAGACACAAACUUUGGUACAAAUUGCAUUUGCAGAGUGCCAAAGAGCAAGUUAGAAGAGGGUAAAAUUGUGGAGUGUGUUCAUUGUGGUUGCAGAGGUUGCUCUGGUUAAAGAUGGAGAACUUUUUAGUUGUAUGAUGGACAAUUAUGUACUCAAUUUUUUUUUUAUCUGCAAAAAUAUUUCUUAUUAUUUUGAAUCAUGUAAAUAUUGCUUAAUUAAAAUUGCUAACAAUAAAAAAAAUCUUGAUUUUU